AUGGCGGACCGGUGCGACGCCAGCCCGCUGCCCCUGCGCGCGCUGCUCAGGGCUCACGAGGUGGUUGCGGCAGGGCGUGUGGAAAACGUGCUGCAGAUGCCGUCGCCCAUCUACACGGCCAUUUUCGUGGAUGCGCAUCACGCACUCAUAGGAGCCGGCGGCGGUGGCCGGCGCUUCGGCAUGCCGAAUAUUGCCCUACUGUUGCGGGUGCAGUCGCUGAGCAGCGCGUCGACGGCGGACCCCAUCACGAAGGCACCCGCUACGCCUUCGGCGCCAGCAGCAGCCGCGUCGCCAGUGUGGAGCUUCGCAGCAGCGGUGGAUCUCGGUCCAGACGACAUUCCGUGGUGCACGUCAUCUUUUCUUCCCUUUGAGGCGAGUGCGCAGGACGGGAAAGCACUCAACGGCGCGUCUACCGAACCAGCGGCACUGGACUGGUCCGAUGCCCAGCGGCGCGUCCUUGACGGCAUCGUCGGGUUUGUCGCGCUCAGCACCAUGACGUCCCUCUUACUUCUCGGUGUUUUUCGCGGCCCCGAGCCAUCGACCUCGCAUGCCACGGAACCCUCUGCAGCCAGCGCACCCGCCAGCACUAUCGGAGACGCGGAGUCGCGCCGCUACCUCCGCCAGCUGGCCCGCAUCGAAGUGCCGAGUGACGCAAAGAACCCUGACAAGAAGCCCAUCGCGCUAGUCCAAAACCUGGUCCUUGUCUCACACGAUGACAAUGGCGUGCUUGCGUUCGCUCUCAUUGAUCUCGUGCCGGACAGCUUUGAGGAUGAAGACUUCGACGCGUACAGGGUCAGAUACGCUGACCAGACUGGGAACGGUGCUUCUGGCGCGGCUCUGCAACGACGCGUUCCGCGCGUGCGAACUGAGGCCGCCCCUGUGGCUUCAUGGCAGCUGCCUGCGCGUGUGAAUGAUUUGAGCGUGAACCGAGUGUGCAUCGUGCAAGCCGACCUGAGCAACGGGGCAUCGUCGUCGUCGCCGCGGCCCUGUAAGGCGCACCUGCAGGAGCAUCUCGUUGCUGCCGCCUUAUUGCUGAACAAGACGCUGGUGCUGAGCACUGUACGUCUGCGGCGCCGCUACACCCGCUCGCGUAGUCACAAGGCGUCUGCCGUUCAAGAAGAAGAAACCACCGCUGAAAAGAUGCAGACAGAGGCCAAGUGGGGCACUGCGGCGGCUGCCACCAUGAGUACCGUGUUGACCUUGACGGAGGAUAUGCUUCCGCUACCGUUCAAGCUGCUGACCUCCUCUCUUCGCCUGGUGCGUCUCUUCGGCUGGGGCGACAUCGACGCCGCCCAGCAGGCCGAUAUGCGGCGUCGCCUCACGUGGCAGUCUCUGCAAGCAGGGGGUGCGCCGACGCACGGCCCGCUGUGCGGCAUCAUGGUGGCGGCCUACAACUCCGUGGGGAACGAGUCGUACGUAAUUCACGGCGCGGUAGAGGUGACGCCACUAACGUCGUCUGUCCCAUCCUCCUCUACAUCGGAUAGUAUCGUGCCUCUGGGUUUGAAGGUGCAGUGGACGCGGAAAGACCCAGCCCCGGUGCUGAGUGACGCCAUCACGUCGCUGGCUGUUUACACGGACGGGCCCCCGGGAGAGUAUGACGCCCGGGUUUCAGCAAACCCUCUCGGCGCUGCUGUCCCCACGCACUGGAUUGCUGGCACGGUCGAGGGUUGGGUAGCAUCUCUGCGUCUGAGCCACGACCCCGCGCAGCGGCCUGUGUGGCAAACGGAUCGAAUUCGCCCUUCAUCAAACAAGUCUGUGGCGCAGCGCUACCCCGCACUGCACAGGGAGCCUGUCUCAUGCGUGGCCGUCUCCUCUGAGAACGACGUGGUGAGUGCUGACAUUGCCCAAAAUGUUGCGCUGACAACGCUGCCGUACGCCGUGCCGCGUGUACCUUCCUCGGCGACGACAUCGCCAUUGUCGAAAACACUGAGCCGCGAUGUUGUUGUGCAGCCCCGCUCCGCAUCUUCCUCCCCCCUGUUCCCUCCAGCAGGAGCGGUGAGUGGUGGGCUUUUGGGAAUCCUUACGGACAAUCUCACCAACGCUCUGCCGUCGCUGCGUGUUACCUGGUACCUGCUCAUUCCGCUAGUUCUGCUGUUCACCGGCAUGAUCGUUAGCAGGAGACCGUGA